AUGCCGACCUUGAUGCGGUUGCUGCCAAUCACGUUCGUGCUCCAUGUUGCCGCAAAAACUGUCCGCUCCCCAACACCACCUAUGGGAUGGAACUCAUACAACACAUACAGCUGCUCCCCCUCGGAAGACAAGAUCAAAACCAGUGCACAAGGACUCAUCGACCUCGGGCUCGACACCCUGGGCUAUACCUCGGUGACUACGGAUUGCGGAUGGCCAGCACGAGACCGCGACGUAGACGGCAAAAUACAAUGGAAUGCCACUCUCUUCCCAUCAGGCGGGAAAGCCCUUGGUGACUUCAUUCAUGGAUUGGGACUUGAGUUCGGCUUGUACUCCGGUGCUGGCUAUCUUCAAUGCGGGAGUACAGAUCUUCCAGCGAGUUUAGGGUUCGAGCAAUUGGAUGCUGAGAGUUUCGCCGAAUGGGGUGGAGAUAGCUUGAAGUAUGACAACUGCUAUGCUACCUCGUCCACAACCAUGGUCGACUCUGACUCCGCUGAGGCUCAAUCCCCUACGCGUUUUCAACACAUGGCCUCGGAGCUACAAGCUGUGGAUCGCGAUAUCCAGUACUUUGUCUGUCAGUGGGGUAUUGGCACCGACGUUGGUGAUUGGGCGGCUGAGAUUGGCAAUUCGUGGAGAAUCAGCAACGAUAUCUACAAUGCGUGGAGAAGCAUUUGGCGCAUAACUAACCAGGUGGUGCCCUACUACAGACAUACGACGGUAGGUGCAUUUGCGGACAUGGAUAUGCUCAUUGUCGGUCUCAAUGCCCUCUCAGCAGAGGAAGAGCGUUUCCACUUUGGAAUGUGGGCCAUCAAUAAAUCCCCUCUCAUCAUCGGCGCCGCCCUAGAUUCUGCUCGUACCUCUCAAGCAUCCUUGAAUAUCCUAUCCAACAAAGAGGUCAUCGCAAUCAACCAGGAUUCACUCGCCAAACAAGCAGAACUCGUCCGUCGCUAUACUGAAGAGGAGUGGGAUCUGUGGCUUGGCCAACUUUCCGGGUCGAGGCAGGUCUUGGGCGUAGCGAACUGGAAGAACGACUCGCAAAGUGUGACAGUCGACUUAGUCUCGCUGGGUAUUGGCUCGGCGAACGCGAGAAAUGUUUGGUCUGCGACGGAUCUGGGCCCUGUUUCUGGGACGCAGCAUCUAUCUCUAGCUGGACAUGAGUUGCAAUUAUGGGUUCUGUCCGAUAUAGUUUCGGUCGCUCCACCGCAGUCUUCUGGAUACUAUUCCGCCGCAAACGCGACCCUGGCCGGAUCGGCACGCAUCGUACCUUGCUCCGCAGGCGCUUGUCUUCCCACUCACAGCAAAGUUGGCAACAUUGGCGCUAAUGCCAGCAUAAGCUUCUUCUCUGUCACUGCCUCAACGGAUGGUAAGAAGUUGCUCGGUAUCGACUUCAUCAACUACGAUUAUGCCUUCACGACGGCAUGGGAGUGGGGCGACAAUGCGAGGAACCUGACCGUCGCGGUGAAUGGCGGCAAGGCGAAGCGAUGGGCCGUCCCACUUUCAGGCGGAGAUUGGGAAGAGACGGGGCGGCUGGUCAUCGAUGUUGAUGGGUUCGUGGAAGGGGCGGGGAAUACAGUAGUCUUUGGCGCGUAUGGAAGUGCGUGGGCGCCAGACCUGGUGGGGUUCGAUGUCAUAGAGUGA